UUUUUUUCUAAUAAUAAUAUAAUAUUAAUAUAUCAUUGCUUCGUUUGAUCUAUCUGUAAAAGCAAUUAUUUUUAUAAGAAAGAUCUGUUUUGUUUAGCUGUUCACUAUAUAAUUUCCAGCAUAUAAAAACCCUAAUUUAGAAGAAGAAUAAGCAAACUUAAUUAUCAGUUAAUUAUAAUAAUGGCACAGAAGGGUGGUGGUUUUUUUUCAUCAAUAGCUUCAAGUUUAUCCAACUUUAAGAAUCAAGUUAAUGGAUUGCUUGGUUACGAGGGUUUGGAGGUUAUUAAUCCGGAGGGAGGAACGGAAGAUGCUGAAGUUGAAGCUCAAAGAGGCAGAUGGAAACAAGAGGACCGAGAUAGUCAUUGGAAGAUGAUGCAGAAGUAUGUUGGUGCUGAUAUUACGUCCAUGGUGACUUUACCGGUGCUUAUUUUUGAGCCAAUGACUAUGCUGCAGAAAAUGGCAGAGUUGAUGGAAUAUUCUCAUCUGCUAGAGCUAGCGGAUAAAUGUGAGGAUCCACACAUGCGGAUGGUUUAUGCUGCAUCCUGGUUUAUAUCCGUAUACUAUGCUUUGCAACGAACCUGGAAGCCUUUUAAUUCAAUUCUUGGUGAAACCUAUGAAAUGGUUAAUCACGAGGGAAUUACAUUUAUUGCAGAGCAGGUUUGUCAUCAUCCUCCAAUAAGUGCCGCACGAGCUGAAAAUGAGCAUUUUGUCUAUGAUAUUACUUCAAAGGUGAAGACCAAGUUUCUUGGCAACUCACUUGAUAUCUAUCCUCUUGGAAGAACCCGUUUGAAGCUAAAGAGAGAUGGGGUGAUCCUAGAGUUGGUGCCGCCACCCACAAAAGUUAACAACCUAAUAUUUGGAAGGACAUGGGUUGAUAAUCCAGGAGAGAUGGUUUUGACCAACUUGACCACAGGAGACAAAGUAGUGCUAUAUUUUCAACCAUGUGGUUGGUUCGGUGCUGGUCGCUAUGAGGUGGAUGGGUAUGUAUAUAACUCUGCCGAAGAGCCCAAGAUAUUAAUGACUGGUAAAUGGAACACAUCUUUGAGCUAUCAGCCUUGCGAUUUGGAUGGGGAACCCCUUCCUAACACUGACCUUACAGAGGUAUGGAAAGUUGCUGAGGCUCCAGCAAAUGACAAACAUCAGUAUACAUAUUUUGCACAUAAAGUGAAUAGUUUUGAUACAGCACCAGCUAAUCUAUUGGCAUCGGAUUCUCGUUUGAGAUCAGAUAGAUACGCCCUUGAGAAGGGUGACCUAUCUAAAGCCGGUUCAGAAAAGACAAUUCUGGAAGAGAAACAGAGAGCUGAGAAAAGGACUCGAGAGGCAAAGGGUCAGAAAUUCACCCCCAGAUGGUUUGACGUGACGGAAGAGGUUUGCGUCACACCUUGGGGUGAUUUGGAGAUUUAUGAGUACAACGGGAAAUAUUCCGAACACAGAGAGGCUGUCGGCGAUGCAAAUACAAAUGGCGUGGACAUCACGAAGACAGAGUUUAACCCCUGGCAAUAUGGCAAUGUUACCGAAACCGAGUGAGUUAGAUGAUUCAGUUUCAUCUUUAUGUAUGCUUUUCUAGUACACUUGGUUCUUUGAUUUGUUGUUUAAAUAUGUUUACUUUAAUAGAAUUAUAAUGCUGAAUUUUGGUUA